GAUACAGCCCCGGUUAGCCCUCUGUAUGCAGGGAUCAAACACGACUGUUUACCGGUACAGUGUUUAAAUUCCCCUACAAUCUGCCAAUGAACACCGAUUUAGCCCGAGACAGGGACUGAGAAGCAAUAUGGCGACUUGCGAAAGACUCGCUGCCACAGGAUGAAGUCAUUGUGAUACAACAAAAAUAUUCACGGAGUUAACGGCAUCUGUGAAAAUAUAUAUAGCAGAGAGCAACCAACAGAGGCCGAUAUGGGGAACGGAUCGGGCAAAUCACAUGGAGGUACAGGGCUACCAUGCGACCGCCGUCUGUGCAAGCUCAACGCAACUGCAGACGAAGUUAUGGCAAGGCAACGGAUCUUAGCCAGGAAGCUUGUUGAGCUUGCUGAUGACCUUGACAAGCAGCAGAGGAAACUCCGAAAGGCGAAGGUUGGUCUCUCUGCCUCCAGUGCCGUGGGAGCAGCAUUGGCCGCAACAGGAUUUGGGUUGUCAUUUGUCACAUUUGGGGCUUCGCUUGUCCUGACGUCCAUCGGGACAGGCAUCUCUCUGGCAAGUACCGUUGGAACCGCGGCUACCAAAAUCGCGGACAAGAUCAUCAAGCGGAAAAAGGUCGAGGAAACGAACGCAUGCGUAAAGGCCUACACACAAGCUGUGCAACAGUUCGCUCCAGUUCUCGAGUUCUUCUGUGAAGGUCUCUCUUCUCGUGAUGACAAAGCAAGGUUGAGACAGAUCCUCACAGACUCUAGAGUGACGUCAAGCAAUAUCGGAAUCAUCGACGUAAAGUCUCCAGACAAGCUAUGUGCUGCGUGUGCCAAAGGGCACCAGAUCAUGGCUACCACGUUACGUGUCCAGGAGCUGAUGGCGGAGAUCGAGGAAGAUGCCAGUCUGGAGACACCAGGAUUGAACGUCGCCAGCUGGACUGCAGGGGUUGUGUCCGACAAGUCGACGUUCGGGAAGGGGGCGUACAAGACGUUCAAUGCUGGUGCCAAAGCUAUCCAUAUCGGCGAUGUGGCGCUGACAGGGGUUGGCAUUAUUCUUGACAUCGGAUCCAUUAUCUACAACAGUAUCAAACUUCACAACAAGGAACCGUCCGAGGUAGCUCUGCUUAUACGGGAUUUGGCACUGGCUUUAGAUUCGAACCUGGGGUAAACGGCUUUGUAAAUGAAAAUACCCACAAUGUUAAAUUUGCCCGGUGAAAUUGUGGUUACAGGGGACAAUGCGCGGGAUACUAAGCCCUCCUGGCGAGAUUGAUAUAAUUAUUUGAACCCCACUUGUCUGCUUAUUCCAUUACACACAUCGAUCUAGCAAUUAAUGGUCACCCCUAUUACGCAGUGUCAAAGUUUAACAAAGGACACGAACUCAAACGGAUUAACAUGGACACCAGACCAGAUAUUAUGUUUGUCGUUUAACAAUGCUUUUUAUGCGAUGUUUGUAUUAUAGGAUAUCAUUAAAUGUA